ACGGACCCAAUUUAGAUAGCAAGGCCGGCCAAUAAACAAAAUAAUGUUAUUGAAGUGCAAACGAGCGCAUAGAAAAUUUAUAGCCCAAUGAAUCACCAGAUACGGCCAUGUGAUUCAUCCCUUUCUUAUUUUUCUUUUCCUUUUGUAUAGCUUCAGACAAGCGGUGCAUGACGCACCAGAAAGUAGGGACAAAUAAAUAAACAAAUCUGUGACCCGCACGAUCCUCUGAAUAGAUCGUAUUACUCAUAGUGUAGCGCAGGCAUACAAGAUAGGAAAUCACGUGUUCAUUUGAGACCGUGAGCAGGCAGCAUAGACAGAUAAGGCGCCUGGAAUACACAAAGACAACAAGGCACCAGGCGAAAGAUUAUUGCUGGUAAUAAGCCUGGCCUCGCCCAUUAUCGAAUAUACGAAGGGCUAUAAACAAAAAUAACAUUUUAAGCCGACGAUGAGUAAUAAACUUUCUAAAUUGUACCCCUCUAGCGAGAGCGACAAAGGUCCGCAGAGAUAAGCGGGUAGUAAUAACAUGUAGGGAAAUAGCAGGCAGACAAUCGAUAUGGGCUCGGUUGUCUGAGAAGGAAAGAGAGAUCUCUUCUCUCCUUUAUAGUUUUAACGCCUAGGAAUGAAUUCUUGGGUAUAUAUACUGGGGAUUCUGGCCUAGGAAGUCAGUUCAAUUUCACAGUUCAAUUUCACAGUUCAAUUUCACAGUUCAAAUCAAACAGUUCAAAUCAAACAGUUCAAAUCAGAAGUCUAAUUCGUUAGUUCAAAAUCAAAGUUCGUAGUUCAAAGUUCAAUUCGUGAUCCGAAAAUCCACCAAGCGUUGACAACCAGGCGUCACGCAUCAGAAUCCGGAUACACCCAAGCGUUGGCAACCAGGCGCCACGCUAUAAAAGGUAUAACCAAAAGGAACAAAUCCCAAUCCGAAAAGCAGACCAUUUGCUUCGCUUCACCGGACCGCACUGGAGCCGGAAGAGGUUGAAGUUUUGUGGCUGCCCUAGCCGGGAUUUGUUCACGCAAAGGGGCUUAGCCCAUAAGAGACCAACCAAGUCCAGGGAAAUAGAUCCCUGGCUUUAAUAAAUUUAAACCGUGAUUCUCAGGCCUCAAUUGCCGACAUCUAGGGAAAUAAGUUCCCUAGAUUAAUCACGAAGCGCUCGAGAGAGGACGAGCGAAAAGCCUUGCCUUCAUAGCAAGCAUCUAGGGAACUCCAGUUCCUUAGAUUAUAUUUUGGUGGCUCCAGAGAGGAGAUUUAAAACUCACACCUUCGCCAAGACAAGAACCACGAUCCCUCGCGCAAGAGGAGUAAAUCGGGAGGCUCAGAAUCACGCCUUUUUGAAAAGACUAAGAAGUCAAGAAUUGAAAUUUGAACUCUCGCGCCAGAGAGUGAAAUUGAACUCACGUGUAUUCAAACGGGAAUCACGUUGUAAGAGGAGAUAAGACUUGGAACUCAAGCACUCAUAGAAAUUGAUUUGAACACACGUGCAUUCAAAAGGGAAUCACGUUUAUAAGAAAGAGAUAAGACUUGAAAAUUUAAGCACUCAAAAAAGAUCUGAAUUGAACUCACGUGUAUUCAAGAAGGAAUCACGUUAAUUAAAAUGGCUACAUAUGCAUAUAAAGCCAACCCUAAUGGGCACUGCCGUCUGUGUACGGACAAAGACAAGAAAGAGGACAUGGUCGCAUGCGAUGAAUGCGAUCGGUGGUUCCACAUUUCAUGUGUGGGACUCACAUACCUACCCAAGAAAGAUGAAAGGUGGGUAUGCCCUAAGUGCAUGAGCACAGAAAGGGAAAUGAUGGAACUGAAAGUCAAAGUCAGACAAUCAGUUUCCGGAAAUAGUUUGCAAGAAAUUUUGCAAGAGAACAGAGCAGCGAUGGAAGCUCUGGUGAAGUCCGUGAGGACAGUAAAUUUAGGAACGCAGAUUCCAAAAAUGAAUGAAAGUAACGAAGGUCAAGAUCAGGAGGCAGAGCCAGAAUGGACUGUCUAUCUGAAGCGGCAGGCAUUGAUGAGCUUGCCAAGAUUUGGAGGUGCGGCAAGAGAAUGGCCGAAAUUUAAAAAAGCCUUUGAUGAGACCACAAAACAAGGUCAAUUUAACAGGCUUGAAAAUUUGAAUCGCCUGCAAACAGUGCUGUACGGGAACGCAGAGAGGAGCGUCCGACAGUUAAUGAUGGAUCCAAAUAAUAUGGACCAAAUAAUUGAUAGACUAGAAGAUAAUUUCGGAAGACCCGAACUAGUCUAUAAAGAACUACUAGCCGAACUCACCAAUAUCAAAAGGGAGAGUCGGAAUUUGAUUACCGAGAUAUCCGAAGCACUGGAUAAUCUCGUCUGUAAUGUUUCUCUUAUGGAUAGAGAAGAAUUCCUGAUUGACCACCGAUUGGUGGAAGAGAUCAUAAGGAAAAUGCCCUACGGUCUACAGGUGAAGUGGACUGAAGAAAUGUACGACGGGGCAAAGACUUUAGCUGAUCUCAAUGAGUGGCUGAAGCCUCAUUCGAGAACCAAUAGACUGCUGAAUGGCACCAGCAGGCCGCAGCCGCGAGAAACAAGCAGACCGCAGCCGCGAGAAAUUAACAGAUCGCAGCCGCGAGACACGAGGCCUGAGCGUCGAUUUAACGUAAAUACGCAUCAGGAAAAUAGAUCGACAAUAAUAAAACGCAAUUGUGAAGCAUGUCGGGGAAACCACAAACUCCUCGAAUGCACCAGAUUUAAGGCUAUGAAGCCUGAAAAGCGAAAUGAAUUAGCCUUUAAGGCAAAGGUAUGCUUGAGCUGUCUCGCAUUUACAAACCAUAUGAUGCGAGACUGCAAAAGAGCAAAACAAUGUGGAAUUAAUGGAUGUAAGUUCAAACAUCAUCCAUUAAUUCAUAAAUCUCAUGAGAGAGAAUCAAGUGAUUCAAAUCAGUCGGAAGGACAGCAUAGUCCAGAUACACAAGCAGAUGGUGAGAUACACAAUCACCAACAACUAACAAAAUCCAACGUAUUCUACCAAAUAGUUCCUGUGACGUUGAAAAAUAAUGACAAAAUCAUCAACACGUUCGCUUUCUUGGAUGCGGGGUCAUCACUCUCUCUAAUAGACGAGGAGAUUGCGAACAAGUUAGGGCUCAACGGAAGAAUUGAUCCGUUAAUGCUAAAGUGGACGCAGAACGUCACGAGAAACGAACAAAACAGCCGUAGAGUUCAGGUACGAAUCAACGGCAACAAUGAAAAAGAAUACGUCAUGAAAGGAGUGAGAACGAUAAAGAAUCUCCAACUCCCAGAGCAAAGCUUCAACAAGGAGGUGAUGGAGAAAAGGUAUCCAUACCUCAAGAAUCUGCCGUUGAGCAGUUACAGCAGUAUACGCCCGACGAUAUUAAUUGGACUGAGUCACAGUCACUUGUUAAUUCCAUUCGAAAGGCGAAUGAGAAAACCGAACGAGCCCACAGCGCUACGAACCAAACUUGGAUGGUUCAUGUUCGGCAACAUAUCGUCCAAUGUGCAAGGCGGACACAUCAUGGUCAUUCAGCAAGAAGAUGAAAUGAACAAGGCUUUGCAGAAAUAUUUCUCCACCGAAGACUUCGGCGUUAAGGUAGUCAAGAAUCUACCAAAAUCAGCUGAAGAAGAAAAGGCUGAACAAAUUCUAAGAAGUACUAUGAAAUACAAGGAUGGUAGAUACGAAGUUGGACUUCUAUGGAAAGAUGAGGAAACGAAAUUUCCAAAUAGCUACAACAAUGCAGCAAAGAGGCUGACAACGAGUGAGAGAACGUUAAAAAAAGACCCAGAGUUGAAAAAAUGGGCAAUAGAAACAUUUGCGGAUUACGAGAAGAAAGGCUACAUCCGCAAACUGUCAGAGGAAGAAAUUAUGAAGCCGAUAUCAAGAGUGUAUUAUCUUCCACACUUUAUUGUGCACAACAAAAACAAGUUGCCACCUAAGCCAAGGUUGGUUUUCGAUGCGGCGGCAAAGAUACAAGGUGUAUCAUUCAACACGGAACUGUUAUCAGGGCCGGAUGCUACUACGUCAUUGUUCGGUGUUUUAGUAAGAUUCCGAGAAGGAGCAAUUGCUGUAUGUGGAGACAUCAAAGAGAUGUUCCACCAAGUACGAAUCCGAGCUGAAGAUCAACACGCUCAGAGAUUCUUAUGGAGAGAUUGUGAUAGCAGUAAGAAACCUGAUGUAUACGUAAUGCAGGUGAUGACAUUCGGAUCAACCUGUUCACCGUCAUGUGCACAAGCGGUUAAAAACCACAACGCAGAAAAAUUCAGAAAAUAUUGUCCAGUGGCGACUGAAGCAAUCAUCAAGCAACACUACGUCGACGAUUAUUUGGAUAGUUUCGAAGAGCUUGAUAAGGCAGCAGAGAUAGUACUACAUGUUAUGAAAAUUCACGAUCACGCGGGUUUCCACAUCAGAAACUUUGUGUCAAACAGCAGAGAACUUCUGCAAAGUUUACCCUCGGAACGUGUACAAAUUUCCGGAAUCAAAAUGUUCGAAGAAAAGGAUUCAAUGACAGAAAAGGUACUUGGUGUAUAUUGGAACACCACGUCUGACACACUCGGCUAUCAAAUCAAAUUAGACAAGCUAGGAAGUGAUGUUACACAAAUGCUACGUUUACCAACAAAGAGAGAGGUACUAGCUUUCGUGAUGAGUGUCUACGAUCCACUUGGACUCAUCUCAAAUAUAACUGUGCAUGGAAGAAUCCUCAUGCAAAGGCUGCACAUAGAAAAUAUAGAUUGGGAUGACGAAAUUCCCGAGAAGUUGCAGUCAGACUGGCAACACUGGUUAGAAAUUAUUGAAUCUGCUGAUAGCGUAACGAUACCAAGAUACAUCCUCGAAGAAAGAACAGGUGAAGUAGAACUACACACCUUUGUAGAUGCUUCUGAGAAAGCAUUUUGUGCAUGUGUGUACGUAAGAAGUAUAUCUGGAAACACACCACACGUAAGACUUCUAUCAGCAAAGUCUAGAGUAGCACCAGUCAAACCAUUGAGCAUACCACGCCUAGAGCUACAAGCGGCCGUGUUAGGAAGCCGAUUAACCAAAACGAUAAUAGAUGAAACGAGGUUGAAAAUCGUCAGCAAAACAUUUUGGAGUGAUUCACAGACCGUAUUGUCAUGGAUCAAGAGUCCAAAACGAAGAAGCGUAUUUGUGAUGCAUCGAGUAGGUGAAAUCCUGGAAGAUAACAGGAAAAAUGAAUGGCGAUGGGUGCCAACAGAUGAAAAUCCAGCCGAUGAAGGCACAAAGGAAAAGCUAGGAAAAUCACAAUGGUUUGAGGGACCUGAUUUCCUAAAGCUCUCAGAAUCGUCAUGGCCUUCCAUUGAAGAGAAGGAAACAGACGAAGAGUUGAGAGAAACAGUGCUAGUUCACGAAGAACUAAGCAAACUUAGUUUCAUCGAUAAGUACAAGGAAUACUCAGAUUGGUGGAAAUUGGUGAAGAACCUUUGUGUAUUAAACAGGACAAAGGAAAGAUUACGUCGUGGAUAUAUUCCAGACAUUGAGUACAAGGACUACCAAAGAGCUGAGAACGUGCUCUAUAGAAAGAUGCAAUGGGAAGCAUUUCCAACAGAGAUGGAAACUUUAUUCAAUGGCGGAACAAUAUCGUCAGGACCAUUGGUCAGUUACGCACCCUUCCUAGACGAGGCAGGGGUAAUGAGAAGUGGAGGACGUUUGAAGAAAGCCAUGUCAGUACCAUGGACUACAAGAACGCCAAUAUUGCUCCCACAAAAGCAUCCAUAUACAUAUUUGAUCGUGAAAGCAACACACGAAAGAUAUUUCCACCACGGCGAAAACACCGUCAUAGCAGCAUUACGGCAGAAGUAUUGGAUACUGCAUAUAAGAACAGUAUUAGCAAACGUCAAGAAGAAUUGCAAUAGGUGCAAAAUACGACGUGCAACUCCGGUAGAGCCGAUGAUGGCAGAUUUACCACAUUUCCGCACAGAAGCGCAUAUACCUCCAUUUACAAACUGCGGAGUAGAUUACUUCGGACCUUUCGAAGUAGCGGUAAAGAGAUCGCUCGAGAAGAGAUGGGGCGUCAUAUUCACCUGUCUCUCAACAAGAGCAGUACAUAUUGAGAUGGCAGAAAAUCUCAGUACUGAUGCGUUCAUGGUCGUGUUAAGGAACUUCCAGAACCGAAGAGGAAAGGUCACCAGUAUCUACAGCGACAACGGAACGAACUUCGUUGGAGCAGAGCGAGAGUUAAAGUCGCUAGUCAAUGAAAUCAACGAGAAGAUGGGCAAAAAUGAAGCAGCAAAAAUGGAAAUCCAGUGGAGAUUCAACCCACCUUCAGCACCACAUUUUGGAGGCGCUUGGGAGAGAUUAAUAAGAAACGUCAAAGUAGCACUAGCAGAGAUCCUGAAAGUUUGGGGUAGGAGCAAGCCAUCAGCAGCAACGUUGCAAGCUGCAUUCAUCCAAGCGGAAUUUUUAGUCAACUCUCGACCGUUGACACACAUACCAGUCUCCUGCAUCGACGAUGAAGUGUUGACGCCAUUCCACGCGUUAAUAGGAAGAGCAGGAGAGUAUGCCCCACCGUAUGCACCAACGACCAGUCAGUAUGACACAGCGCAAUGGAGACGCAUUCAACAUUAUUCCAAGUUGUUUUGGAACCGAUGGAAGAAGGAGUACUUACCAACUCUGUUAAAGCGUAAUAAAAAUACGCAGAAAGUAGAACCGAUCAAAGUCAACGACAUCGUCUUAAUCACGGACGACGACGCACCACCAGGAAAAUGGCUUAAAGGACGAGUCAUCGAAACGUUUGUGGCGAGCGACGGGCAAGUUCGCCAAGCAAAGAUCCAAACCGCGAAAGGUGUCCUGAAACGACCGGCAGUUAAAAUUGCAGUACUGGACAUUAUCAAGGGAAAUGAUCCAGCCAUCAACUAAUCAGGAAGAAGACGUCAGUGCUCGCUACCAGAGCACCAAUAUCCGAAAGAUGCAGCCAACUGAUGUAAGCUCGCGUCAGAGCUAAGAUGUAUGAUCCAUGGACCAAGCAUUGAAGAGGACAUCCUUUGGAACCAGGCAACGUGCCGAAGAAUUGAAAUUUAAAAGUGUUUUUAAACUCUGUUAGAAUAUAAGGAUGAAUGUAAAAUAAAUGAUGCUCCGAAAACAUGUAAACAAAUAGAGAUAUAAGUAACACAGGUAGCAUAGGGUCCGUUCAGGAAUUUUAUAAAUCGAACAAGUAGAUUUAUCAGGGCCGGAAUGUUACGGACCCAAUUUAGAUAGCAAGGCCGGCCAAUAAACAAAAUAAUGUUAUUGAAGUGCAAACGAGCGCAUAGAAAAUUUAUAGCCCAAUGAAUCACCAGAUACGGCCAUGUGAUUCAUCCCUUUCUUAUUUUUCUUUUCCUUUUGUAUAGCUUCAGACAAGCGGUGCAUGACGCACCAGAAAGUAGGGACAAAUAAAUAAACAAAUCUGUGACCCGCACGAUCCUCUGAAUAGAUCGUAUUACUCAUAGUGUAGCGCAGGCAUACAAGAUAGGAAAUCACGUGUUCAUUUGAGACCGUGAGCAGGCAGCAUAGACAGAUAAGGCGCCUGGAAUACACAAAGACAACAAGGCACCAGGCGAAAGAUUAUUGCUGGUAAUAAGCCUGGCCUCGCCCAUUAUCGAAUAUACGAAGGGCUAUAAACAAAAAUAACAUUUUAAGCCGACGAUGAGUAAUAAACUUUCUAAAUUGUACCCCUCUAGCGAGAGCGACAAAGGUCCGCAGAGAUAAGCGGGUAGUAAUAACAUGUAGGGAAAUAGCAGGCAGACAAUCGAUAUGGGCUCGGUUGUCUGAGAAGGAAAGAGAGAUCUCUUCUCUCCUUUAUAGUUUUAACGCCUAGGAAUGAAUUCUUGGGUAUAUAUACUGGGGAUUCUGGCCUAGGAAGUCAGUUCAAUUUCACAGUUCAAUUUCACAGUUCAAUUUCACAGUUCAAAUCAAACAGUUCAAAUCAAACAGUUCAAAUCAGAAGUCUAAUUCGUUAGUUCAAAAUCAAAGUUCGUAGUUCAAAGUUCAAUUCGUGAUCCGAAAAUCCACCAAGCGUUGACAACCAGGCGUCACGCAUCAGAAUCCGGAUACACCCAAGCGUUGGCAACCAGGCGCCACGCUAUAAAAGGUAUAACCAAAAGGAACAAAUCCCAAUCCGAAAAGCAGACCAUUUGCUUCGCUUCACCGGACCGCACUGGAGCCGGAAGAGGUUGAAGUUUUGUGGCUGCCCUAGCCGGGAUUUGUUCACGCAAAGGGGCUUAGCCCAUAAGAGACCAACCAAGUCCAGGGAAAUAGAUCCCUGGCUUUAAUAAAUUUAAACCGUGAUUCUCAGGCCUCAAUUGCCGACAUCUAGGGAAAUAAGUUCCCUAGAUUAAUCACGAAGCGCUCGAGAGAGGACGAGCGAAAAGCCUUGCCUUCAUAGCAAGCAUCUAGGGAACUCCAGUUCCUUAGAUUAUAGAGCUGCAAACUUGAAAAUAUUCUAUACAAGGUUGUUCCGUCCGCGAAACGAACGGAAAAGGAAGAACAACUCGCUUCGUUAGCCACGCCCUUUUUUGAUUUCAUCGCGGUGCACUUGCACAAGAGUAAGGGUAUAAAAACCGCGCGGAGGUAAGUACAUACUUGAUAAAAAUUAUCAAAAAUUAUCUUUCUGAUAGAGCGUUCAAUGUUUCUAUAAACAAUAUUUCAUCGGAGAAAUUCAUUGUGAAUGCAGAUGUUCCUCAAGGAUCCAUCUUGGGACCAAUACUUUUCAAUAUCUACACUUCAGAUAUUCCCGCACUCCCAUCUGAUGGGAAACUGUCACUAUUUGCAGAUGACACUGCCAUCAUUUACAAGGGCAGAAGUAUCACAGAACUAAGAUCUAAACUUCAAAGAGGGUUAGACGCUUUGUCUGGAUGUUUCAAUAAUUGGAAAAUAUGCAUAAAUGCCGCAAAGACACAAGUUAUAUUGUUUCCCCACAAGAACACUCCAAAGCUUGUGUAAUAUGAUCACGCUUAAACCCAACUCAUCAAUAUUCAAGACCUCUAAGGCAAUAAACCACCCCCGAGGGCGCUGGGCGAUAUAAACAUAAAAUGUGAUACGAUACCCGAGCCAGCAAUCUGGCCCAAGGGUUCGUUUACUAUUUAUGAUUGUAUAACUCGACGCGCACCAACGGCAGCGGCGAGUUUGUCUUCCUUCCGCCCCGCUGCGAGUUUAGCUAGCAGCAGAAAUUUAACCAAACAUGUGGCGCGCAUCCGGCACACAUGUUUCAGCACUUUCUUUUCCUAUUUACUUUGACCCACAAAGAAGUGCUUUCUCUCUCUCUCCGAAGAACGCGUCUGACCAAGGCCAUCACAGCCCACUCUAACUGCUGGUGCGAUGCUCCGCCCAGCAUAAUUUGUAAAUAUUCUGUGUAGAGUUUAAGCCUAUUUUUGUAAACUAGUAUUUAAGCCCCGAGAGUCUUUUCUUUGGACACAGAUGCCAGUUGACAAUAUACAGUAGAGAAGCGACGCUUGUACGAAUAGCGUUUGUGUUUAUUAAUUUACCAAAUCCGAAAGUCGACGCCACUGAAUGGCGUAAGAUCCUUCUUCUCGUUUACAUGGCGACCAGUGACACCGAGUCACUUCGGAACUAGUGAAAAAGUGCAAAUGGCCCGCGUGAUGGCAAAGUGGCAAAUGGCCAGUUAUCGCUAUCGUUACAGAAACCAAUAGCCGCGCUCCACGAUCAGUUAACCAAGUUCUACGAUCAGUGAACCGAUUCCGUGAUCGCGUGUUGAAGUCAGCCUAAAAUGCGGACCUUGGACCCGACUGGUUAUUACUGAAAAAUUCUCUACAAAAAAAAAAAAAAGAAGUUAAACGAACUUUUGAACCGUCCCGGGUGCAGUGUGAGUGCGGGUAAUUUGAAUAAAGAAAAAUUCAGUGAAAAUCGCCAAGAAGGCGAAGAAAUUGAACCCCACGAAAAACCGUUAGUGUAAAGUGGUUGUAACCACGUUGAAGUGAAGGACGAAUGACCAGUGUACGAGCAUAAAACAUAAGUGGAACCACAAUCGUACAGCGGACAGUGAAGUAGUGGAACAGAAUAAAUAGCAGUUACAAGCCAAGCAGUAUUUCAAAAAAAAAAAUGAACAUCGAUUUGGAUCCAACUGGACACCCCUGAGAUCUGACGGACGCAGAGGCACCCACGCCCCCCCCACCCCCGAGAAGAGGACACUUGCGGAGAAAACGUGGCGUAAGUCAGACUCGAGUUAGUCUAAUCCUUUUAUAUACGGAUAUCAUGUAAUAAAUUUAUAGUCGAGGCACAAAAUAUUUUUUAUCGUAAUACCCACGCGGCAGUAGGAAUAGGUAGUAGGAAUUAGAAAAAAAAAAAAAGCAAUUACAAUACCCACAAAAUUGGUUUUACAUAUGUACCGUUGAAAAUGGGGUUAUUUAAUACCAAACCCGUUAGUAACACGGGCGACGCUCAAAUCCAAAUUUUAAAUCACCUAGAGAACCACAGUGUAAUGCACGAAGCUCAAGGAGCGAUUAUCUGCGUCACACUUGCCCUCAUAUCCAUACUACUAAUUUCGAAAAUAUACAAAGCAUAUAAGGCAUGCAUGAAUGCACAUGCUAUGCAAGCGGCAAAAGCUCACGCAGCCGUAGUCGACACCGUCUAAAAGAAUUCGAAAAUUUUAAAACAUGCGUUCGAACGCAGCCUCAGCAUAAUAAAUUCUUUACCGAUAACCAUUUUUCCUUGUCUCCUUGAAUGGACGAAGUAACAAAGCUCAUCCAAUUGAAUAUACAAAAACUAAAACAUAUACACCUGACUAUACAACAGGAACUGGUCAGAAAACUAAGGAAAAGUACCUUAGCCAAACGCCUCACGGAAGCGGAAGCGCUUGUGAAACAGAUUAAAAAAUUGUCGUCUACGUUACUAGACACAACCCACGGCUCAGAAAUCAUAAAAAUAACCGAAAAGGCGGACCAACU